GUCCAGUCUGACUAGGCGUUUGAGUUCAGCUGGCUAUAAGAGACUCCCCAAUCUCGCCCCUUGAUUGAUUUUCCCGCCUCGCCUUGGGACAACGCAGAAUAGUCUAGACCGCUAGAUUUCUUUCUUCUAGUGGUCAAACCCCACCCCGCUCAAAAGUGAAGGUGUGGCUAGGCAGGUUGCCUUACGUCAAUCGAUUGGAAAGAACAGGAAAGGGCACAAUGGACGGAAACCAAGCAGUCCAAUAUCUGGACUCAUUGAUCGGUCGGACGUUACGAGUGCACGCGACAGAUACGCGCAUUUUCGUGGGUACCUUCAAGUGUACGGAUGCGGCACGAAAUAUCAUCCUUGCCAGCACCUACGAAUACCGCUUCCCUUCCCCAUCUACUGUUCGAGACGCCGCCACGGGUACGCAUGAUUCAGCCGCCGGUAGCGCAGUCGACGCCCAGAGCGUCAAGAUGGAUAUGACGAGUCGAUUUAUCGGUCUUGUGAAUGAAACUGGCGGAUUGGGUGCGGGCGGUCAUAGGGUGACCAAUGAUGGUCAUCGGGGAGGUACUGAAAUCGACUGGACAAAUGCACCUAUUAGCGCCGAGUCAAAAAGGCAGACUCUGCAUAUUCACCUGCGCAGUAAUCCCAUUCAGUGUCACACAUGCCAUGGUUGGAAACCUUUACCCGCAUCAGCUAGACUGCAACGCAGGCCAAGGCACAUCACCCAAAACAUGCCCACCACAACUAGAGGGGGCUUGGCAGCAGAAGCCAUGAUCAUGACCAGGCUGAGCUGGGGUUGGGGAUGCAAAUGGCGGCCGACGAAUUCCCUCAUGGAAUUGUCGGGAGUGCUCGGAGCAUCUGAGAGGCUGACAGUUCGGUGAUCAUCCGAAGGUAAGUGGUGCGUCCGGUUUUCCAGGCUGGAUUGAAAUCUGUAUGCAUGGUUGCAAGCGCGAGGAACCUAUAAUGCCCUGAAGAGAACGAAGCCAAGAAAAGAGACGGGUGUGAUGGAGAGACGAGAACGUGUCUGUGCUGCAGCGUGGUGUCAACUUUUUACUGUAUGUAUAGUAGUCACGAGGGGCUGAAAUGUGGCUCGGUCAUCGGUUGGAGGAGGGGAGGGGGCGUGUAAGCCUUUCUGUUCGUCGACACACAACUACUCAUUCUUCCUAUAGUUUGUGGUGAUAUAAAUUAGAGAAGAAC